AUGGUCGUAGAAGCAGCUUUUCAAAUUCAUGAUUCUGCUGCUAAUGUUCAAGAUGCUGUUAGUGCAGAGGCAGAAACAACAUCAGCAACUAUUGACAACAGUCAAUUUGGUGGAAAAGACUCUUUUGACAAUAGCUUUACACCAAAAAGAAAGAAUCUGUUUACUUAUUGUGAAGCAUCACAAGUGCUUCCAAAAAAAUGCGUAUUAAUAUUAUGGAUGAAAUCAAUGAAAAAAUUAUGCUAUAUUUGA